AUGUGCCUCUUGAAAUGGUUCUAUACUGAGAUCGGGUCGGGUAGCCCCCCACCCGACUUGGUUUACUAUGCGCUGCGCGGUGGAAUGUUUGUACUGAGUUUUGUUUUGGAGGACUGGGCGAUCUAUGAGCUAGUGCCUUCUCCGCGUUAUCGGCGCGCAACAGUGGUGCUGGUGGCCUCGUCAUAUGUCACUUGGACAUAUCAGACGCACACAUUCUCCAACAGCCUCGAGACCCUGUUGGUUGCCUGGGGACUGGUUUUGAUUCGGCGCAUUGUCGGGAAUAAGCGACACUCGUCCCUCGUCUCUCACGCCGUGCUCGCCUUCAUCGCCGUGGUGGGUGUCUUCAACCGUAUCACUUUCCCAGCUUUCCUUUUAUUCCCGGGCCUGCAAUUGCUGCCUCAGUUCCAGCGCAAACCACUCUCGCUCGCAGUAUUUCUCUUCUUCGGCAUCGUCUUUUCCUUCAUCGCAGUCUAUGCAGACACCACCUUCUACCGGCCGACAGCGUCCCUCCUUAGUACCCUCCGUGACCCUAUAAUUACCCCUCUCAACAACCUCCUCUACAACACCAACACCUCCAACCUAGCCCAGCACGGCCUCCACCCUCACCACCAACACUUCACUGCAAAUCUCCUUCAACUCCUCGGUCCAGCAUACGUAGUCAUGCUAGUCUCCCUCUUCAGCCGGCCACUGGUACCAUACUGGAUGCGUAACGUGCGCGCCCUAUCCGCGCUUUCGGCCACGAUGCUCCUCUCCCUCUUCCCGCACCAAGAACCACGCUUCCUCCUCCCAGCCGUACCCCUCCUCCUCAGCUGUAUCCCCUUGCGCCGCUCCCGCCUCCUCCUCGCCAUGUGGGUCACCUUCAAUGCAGCCAUGGGUUUCCUCAUGGGCGUGUACCACCAAGGCGGCGUCGUCCCCACGCAGCUAGCUAUGCGCGACAUCAUCUCGUCCAGCACAACACACCACAUACCUUCCGCGACGGUCUUCUGGUGGAAGACAUACUCACCGCCUCUGUGGCUUCUCGGUGGUGACAACCAGACCACAGAGAUCCAGACGCUGGAUCUCAUGGGGAUUCCAGGGGUGGAGAUGAUGCUGCAGCUAGAGCAGACUGUACCCGAAUGCUCCACUUCAUCAUCUGUAUUCCUGGUCGCGCCUACGUCGGCUGCUUUUCUUGACCAAUACGCCGUGUCUGCGCGUCAGAGCCCAGACCAAAACCAAACCUUGCAUCUUCACCCACUUUGGUCUUAUCGCAAACACCUUAACCUCGAUGACAUGGACUUCGGCGAUGAUGGGAUCCUGCCGACUCUGAAACGGGUUGUUGGGCGCCGUGGACUAAGUGUUUGGUCUGUGCGGAGAUCUUGCAGAUAA